AUGCUUCGCAAUGGCAACGUUGUGUCGGCGAGGCGUAACUUUUCCAUCGUUGGCAACCCCAGUGUAAGCGCGUACCUUAUGCAGCAGACCAACAAAGCAAAGAACGUAAACCGCACUCUUCACGGACUGCACGAACGGAAACAGGCCACUUUUGGUGAGCGUAGUGAGCUCAAGUACGCCCGUCGACUCGUGGUGAAGCUUGGAAGUGCGGUUAUUACGCGCGAGGACGAGCAUGGUCUUGCCCUCGGUCGACUAGCAUCGAUCGUCGAGCAAGUGGCCGAGUAUCACGUGGAAGGCCGCGAAUGCAUCAUGGUCACGAGUGGGGCCGUUGCUUUCGGCAAGCAAAAACUAACUCAGGAGCUGCUGAUGUCGCUAUCGAUGCGCGAAACUCUUUCCCCAACGGAUCACACACGUCAGGACGCCGGUACCAUGCUGGAACCGAGGGCUGCCGCUGCUGUCGGCCAGUCCGGAUUGAUGUCCCUGUACGAUGCAAUGUUCGCCCAAUAUGGUAUCAAGAUUGCGCAGGUCCUGGUCACCGAACCGGAUUUUUACAACGAGGAAACGCGCAAGAAUCUCUUCAGCACACUCACGGAGCUGAUCAGCCUAAACAUUGUGCCCAUCAUCAACACGAACGAUGCCGUCGUGCCACCAAUGUUCAUCGUCGACCAGGAGGUAUCGGCCACCGGCAAAAAACGAGGCAUUCGCAUCAAGGACAACGACAGUUUGGCGGCCCUACUGGCGGCGGAAAUCCAUGCCGACCUGCUGAUCCUCAUGUCGGACGUCGACGGUAUCUACAACAAGCCCCCAUGGGAGGACGGAGCACGGCUGAUGCACACGUACACGGCCAGCGAUAAGGAUCUGAUCAAGUUCGGCGAAAAAUCCAAAGUCGGCACCGGCGGUAUGAAUGCGAAAGUGAUGGCCGCCACGUGGGCCCUGGAUCGAGGAGUCAGCGUAGUGAUCUGCAACGGAACGCAGGACAAAGCGAUCAAGAGCAUCCUUACAGGGCGUAAAGUGGGCACAUUCUUCACGGAAUCUACCGCCGAAAAGGCGACCCCAAUCGAGCAGAUUGCCGAAAAUGCUCGCAAUGGGAGUCGAAUUCUACAGAACUUGACGCCAGAUGAACGCGCCCAAGCCGUCAACAAGCUGGCCGAUCUGCUCAUUUCGCGCCAAACACAAAUCCUUGAAGCCAACGCCAAAGAUUUGGAAGAAGCGAAAAAAUCUGGUCUCGCGAAACCGCUUCUCUCACGACUCUCACUCAAUCCGUCCAAGUUGGAAAGCCUCGCUACUGGACUGAAGCAGAUCGCCGAUGAUAGCCACAGGAACGUUGGCCGUGUGAUUAAACGCACAAGGUUGGCUGACAACCUAGAGCUGAAGCAAGUCACUGUCCCGAUCGGAGUGUUGCUAGUCAUCUUCGAGUCCCGGCCAGACUCAUUGCCACAAGUAGCAGCCCUCGCCAUCGCUUCCGGUAACGGACUUCUUUUGAAGGGUGGCAAGGAAGCAGCCCAUAGCAAUCGUGCGCUGAUGGAACUGGUUAAGGAGUCGCUGGCCUCAACGGGUGCAGCGAGUGCCGUCUCGUUGGUAUCGACGCGUGAAGAAAUCAGCGAUCUGCUCUCGAUGGAUGAACAUAUCGAUCUUAUCAUUCCGCGCGGAUCCAGUGAGCUUGUUCGCAGUAUACAGGAGAAAGCGCAGCACAUUCCGGUGAUGGGACACGCCGAAGGUAUCUGCCAUGUGUACGUCGACCGGGAGGCGGACCUGGAAAAGGCCCUGAAGAUUAUUCGCGACUCCAAGUGUGACUACCCGGCUGCCUGCAACGCAAUGGAAACACUUCUAAUUCACGAGGACCUUUUACAAAACAGUGCCUUCUUCACGGACGUUUGCAAUAUGCUCAAACGUGAAGGGGUGAAGAUAAACUCUGGUCCAAAGCUGAACCAAAUGCUCACUUUUGGACCACCGCAAGCCAAGUCAUUGAAAUUCGAAUAUGGGGCCCUCGAAUGUAGCAUAGAGGUAGUGAAGAAUCUCGAGGAGGCCAUCGACCAUGUGCAUACAUACGGCAGUGGCCAUACGGAUGUGAUUGUAACGGAAAAUUCUUCCUCGGCGCAGUACUUCCAAAACAAUGUCGACAGUGCCUGCGUGUUCCACAAUGCCAGUAGCCGUUUUGCUGACGGUUUCCGAUUCGGUCUCGGGGCAGAAGUGGGCAUUUCCACCGCCAGAAUACAUGCACGCGGUCCGGUCGGCGUUGAAGGGCUGCUGACGACGAAAUGGAUCCUAAGUGGUGUGGACCAUGCGGCGUCAGAAUUUACCGAUGGUACGCGCAAAUGGCUUCAUCAGGCUUUACCGACGAAUGAAUAGGAGGGAAAACCCAUCACUGCAUUUUUUAAAAAACAUGGUCAGCAUUCUUCCUUUCUUCCGAUUUUUUUUUCUGCUGUAUAACGUGAGUGAGAGUCUCAUAUUGUUGUU